AUGCUGGACUCUGAAAUAAAAACUAAAAAAAAUAAUACAUGCUCAGCCGAGUAUCUAUCAAAUGAUAUAUUGGACGAAGACUUCUUGAGUUCUUUUGCUCCCAUUCGUUGUGUUCAAUUAAUAUUGGGUACAUGCCGCGUCGACGGAAGAGACAGAUUCGUGACACCGCCUACUUUGUACCAGAGAUUAUAUUCAAUGAUACUGAUAAUCUUAAUAUGUUCCGUACAAUUCAGAAUAAUUUACAUAUAUAAUCAGAAAUAUAAUGACUAUCGCUACGUAUUCCCUAUAGCUUUUACAUUGUCUUUUUGUAUGAUAUCGAUGUACUUAGCCAACAUGAUACACGUACGGUUCUAUGGCUAUAAAGAUAAUGUAAAAUUCUAUGUAAUAAUGCAAGAACUGGAUCAUCUUUUGAAAAUGAAUCAGAAGAAUAUUAUAAAUCAAAACAUGUAUAAAUUAAAUGUUUUUACAAUUAUUUUUAUUCUCUCAAUAUAUAUGAUAGCACUUGUCAUUGCAAGUACUCAAGGAUUAUCAGCAUUGAUGACUCUUGGUAUCACGUUAUACAUAGACGCGUCGUUUGUAUUUGAAACAAACCACUGCUCUAAUAUUAUGGCAUAUUUUGCAUUACGGGUAUGUUUCGUCAAUUGUAUAAUAACGAAAUAUUUGCGAGAGAUCGUGAAGAACGAAGUUAUAGAUCGUAUAAUACCCAAUUACGAAAGCUUCAUACGACUCUUUAAAGAGUUUGAAGACAAAUAUUACGACUACAGAUAUAUUUCUACUUUGUUUGAAAAUCAUGGUGUAUAG